AUGGGGAGACGAAAGAUUGAGAUCAAGGCCAUCAAGGACGAUCGGAACCGCUCCGUGACGUUCCUCAAGCGCAAAGGUGGUCUUUUCAAGAAGGCGCAUGAGCUCUCCGUCCUCUGCUCCGUCGAUGUCGCCGUGAUUAUCUUUGGCAAUAAUAAGAAGCUCUUCGAUUACUCGAGUACCGAUAUUGGCGAUAUUCUGACAAGAUAUCAAUAUUAUGGAGGCGCUCACGAACACAAAGGCCCUGCCGACUUCAGUGGGAAGGGAAAGGAUAUGGAUGACGAGGAUGAUGAAGAAGGGUCGGGUGCGUCGCAGCAUCACGGAUCGGUCGAGCCCCAAAUGAUGCCUCCCCAUGCAUUCCCCAACCAACCUCAGUUCCAUACUAUUCGACAUCAAACUCCUUCAGCCUCCCCGCCAAUUCCCAAUGGUGUCUUCCCACAUCAUCCGCAACAGCGACAACAUACCCCGCAACCGCAGCCUCAACCCCAUCCUGGAUCUCGUCCGUCCUCGAGAAAUGCGCCUAGAAGACAGAGCUCGAACCUUGUUCCUCAGCAGCAUCCCCAACCACCCAACGGCUAUGCGUAUAUGCCAAACCCAGCGAUUUAUAACCCUCAUAACCCUCCGCCAGGCCCACCACAUCCACAUGGUCUACCACCUCAUAUGCAAGGUCCCCCAAUGCAAGGCCCUCCGCAAGGCAUGCCACAGCAAGGGCCAGGACCGCAAUACUCAAAUUAUGCGCCCCAACCUCCCCCACCGCAGCAGCAGCAGCAGCAGCAACAGCAACCGCCGCAACCUCAGCAGCAUCCACAUCCACAACAAGUACAGCAGAUGUAUAUGGAGGAGCAACGGAGGGCUUCAGUGCCGGCUUUUCCCCAACAACAAGACCGACCCCCUUCUCGCCCGAAUGUUUCCCCACCGCAGCCACAACCGCAGCAGGUACCGCCACCGCAGCAGCAGCAGCAACAGCAACAGCAACAACAGCAGCAGCACGAGGACCGUCCCCAGAUAAAGCUCGAGCCGCAACAACAACCAGAACAGCAAGAACAAGAGCCGGAGCAGCAAUCCCAUGCCCCUCAGCAGCAGCAGCAGCAGUUGCUUGAACCGGUAAAGCGCUUAUCAGUAAAAUCCCGCAGUAUAUUUACCCCAAUAGACGAGUCCCGUUCCAUUCUAUCUCAGCAUUGGGCCUCGUCAACAUCCAAUGCAGAACCACGGAGUGAGCCAGCGCCUUCUUUGAACAACCCCAACCGCGCUCAAUCUGUGGAUGUUGGGGCCGUCUCUCGCGCAAACCCCAAUAACUCUCCCCCUCAGCCAGCUCGAGCCAACACGCAUAACAAAAGCCGAGUGUCCCUAUCUUCCCUGCCUGAUGGUUUCAAGCCGCCGUCGAGGACCAACUCGGCUCAAUUAGGAGGUGGCAAGCGACCCGUGUUGAAGGUCCAAAUUCCAGAGGAGAAUUCGGACGACGAAGCCGGGACUGGUAACUCAAAUUCCAGCCCUCGGUCAUCAACCAAUAUACCGGGCUCCCAUCCACGGCAAAAUGGACAUGACUCGCACGGUUCUGGCGUGGUCCUCCCUCCACCGUCACCCUCGGCUUCUGCACUCCUUUCAGCUGGCGCAUCUGGACCGCCAAAUCCCUUCGCGCGCCCACAUCACCCAGUCUCCCAACCUUCGCAGAACUCAAAUGCCAGUGGUGGCAAUAUGAUAGAUACGCCGGUCUCCGCCCUUCCCAGCCGCUUCAUGACCAACGAAUUCCUUCCUAGUCCUAGUAGCUUCUAUCCUGAGUGGAAUUUCCGGGGGAGCGACAGCAACACCCUGCCUAGUCCUCUGAACUUCGCGACUCCUGUAGUGGGGACGGGUCCGAGUUUUCUGCGAGAGGAUUCUGGCGACCGAGCAAACACUAGCAACGGGAAAAGAAAAACCCCUGAUGCGGAGGGAGGCAGUGAUAGCGGUCCCGCAGAUGUGAAAAGGGCAAAGCACGAAGCUUAA